AUGUCAUCGUCAGUUCAUUUCAAAUUCAAGUCCCAGAAAGAGCCCUCGCGGGUCACUUUCGAUGGCACUGGUAUUUCCGUCUUUGAACUCAAGCGUGAGAUCAUCAACCAGAGUAGAUUGGGCGAUGGGUCUGACUUUGAGCUGGAAAUUUACGUCGAGGAUACGGGAGAAGAAUACGAUGACGAUACCACUAUUAUCCCCCGGUCCACCUCCGUCAUUGCUCGUCGACUCCCCGCCGCGCGCCCCGGCAAGGGUGGUGCCGCUCGAUAUGUCUCUGGUAAAAUGCCCGUCAAUGCUCGCAACGCCUCCCGCACCGAACCGUCGACCAAUCGAGCUGUGCCGGGGAUGGGAGGAUCAGUGACCAACAAUGUGCUGGAGCUUAACAAUGCGCAGACAGAAGAGGAGAAGAUUAAUGCGCUCUUCAAUUUGCAAGCUAGCCAGUGGAAGGAGCAGCAACAAGAGAUGGCCAAUGCGACACCCGUUCCGUUCGGCCGUGGCAGAGGAAAACCUGUCAACGUUCCUGAUCACCCUCCUCCACCGGGGUAUCUAUGCUACCGUUGCCGAGAGAAAGGUCACUGGAUUCAAGCAUGCCCGACGAACAACGACCCCAAAUUCGACGGCAAAUAUAGGGUCAAGCGAUCCACAGGUAUCCCCCGAUCAUUGCAGACCAAGGUCGAGAAACCCGACUCCUUAGCACCAGACGGGUCCAACGAUGACUCAAGGAACACGGGAGUCAUGGUGAAUGCCGAUGGAGACUUUGUCGUUGCACGGCCAGAUAAAGCAGCAUGGGAGUUAUACCAAGAAAAAGCGAAGGCUUCGGCAGCGGCCGCGGCCGAGGCUGCCGCAGCAGAGGAGAGCAAGGUGCUGCAGGCUCGAGGUCUGGAAUGCCCGAUUGACAAGAGGAUGUUCUUAGAACCUACACAGACCCCAUGUUGUCACAGGACAUAUUGCAAUGAUUGUAUCUCCAAUGCCUUGAUUGAAAGUGACUUUGUCUGCCCUGGUUGCUCUACGGAGGGGGUCUUACUUGAUAACCUUACGCCUGAUGACGAGACAGCUUCCAAAAUCAAAGCUUACGAGGCAGAAAAGGCCGAGGCUAAAAAAGAGAAGGAAAAGCAACCCACCAUUUCCACGGCACAGAAUGGACUAUCAGUGAACGGCACCGCUGCUGCUGAGCAGGAUUUCUCCAAGGAUACGGAAUUGAAGGAGCGUUCUCCAUCCCAGCAAGGAGAUGACGCAUCCACUCAAUCUAAGAAGAGGCCUGCUGAGGACGAACCAGAGAAGACGGACAUUGCCGAGUCCGUUAAUGUGUCCAAAAAGCAGAAAAGUGAGGAGGACCAACCCGAAAUGGCCGGUGCUAGCACCGUUCCUACCACCGUCUCCACCACGGCUAGCAAUCCCAAAGAAGCCCCGGCUAACCUCCCUAACCCAACGAUGCCGUUCAAUCCGCAAAUGCCCUUUGGAGACUUUAGCAACAUGAUGCCUUCCUUUCCAAACGGCGGUUUCGGCAACGACGCCAUGCCCUUCAUGAACCCGAUGGGCAUGCCGAACGGGUUCCCGAAUGCGAUGGGACCCGGCUGGAACCCGAUGAACAUGCCCUUCCCCCAAAUGCAGGGCAACAUGUAUGGCAACCAGAACAAUGGUUUUCCGAACAUGUUCAACGAUCCGUCGAUGAUGUUUCCCAUGGGUGGAAUGGGUGGCGCAAUGCCCAACCAGAACCCCGGCUUCCAGAACCCAGCGAUGAACAACUUUGCCAAUCAGCAACGAACUACCUUUAGCGGGCCGUACUCCCGUGAGGAGGACUCGCCGUAUUUCCGACAGCCGGUGAACCCUCAACGACACCAGGCGAGGAAUCGUCGGGUGCGACCGAGUGACUAUCGCGAGUUGUGA